AUGACUCUUCCAGUUCUUGCAAAGAAAAUGAAGAAGUUGGCCUCACUUCAAUUCUUCAAUUUGAAACUUUUAUUGAAUGGAGAGUCGAGUCGUGGCUUCUCAAAAUUCAAGAAGAAUUAUAAGUUGAAGGCCGAAUUGGGAAGAGGAGGAUUCGGAGUAGUCUACAGAGCAGUCAGAACAUGCGACAACACUUUGGUAGCUGUCAAAUUCAUCGAAAGAAGUAAUGUCAAGGAAUGGGCAAGAAUAAACGGAGAACAAGUCCCAAUGGAAAUCUGUAUGCUUGCCAAAUGUUCGAAAAUUCGUGGAGUAAUUCGUCUUCUGGAUUGGUACAGUAUCCCAGAGGGCUUCCUAAUUGUGAUGGAACGUCCUUAUCCCUGUAUCGAUAUGUUUGAUUUCAUCAAAGGACAAGGAAAAAUUAGCGAAGAGAUGGCGCGUUUCUUGUUUCGACAAAUUGCAGUGACAGUCCAUGAAUGCGUUCAAAAUCGAGUUCUUCAUAGAGACUUGAAGGACGAAAAUGUAGUCAUUGAUCUGGUAACUGGAUCAACAAAACUCAUCGAUUUUGGUGCUGCUACCGUACUCCGAAGAAGUCAAUAUUCAGAUUUCCAAGGAACAAGACUCUAUUGUCCUCCGGAAUGGUUCCUACAUUCUCUCUAUCUUGGACGAGAAGCCGCUGUCUGGUCAUUGGGUGUACUACUGUAUAACUCACUCAAUGGUCGACUACCAUUCCGAAAUGAGAAGGACAUUUGCACCGCCCAUCUUCUGGGUCCACUUCCAUUCUUUGUUCCCGUCAGUGCAGAAGUCAAAGACCUUAUUAGCAAGUGUCUGACAUUCGAUCCCUUCCAAAGAUGCUCUCUAGAAGCAAUUCUGAAUCACCCAUGGAUGAAACAGCCAUCUUUAUCCUGGGAACUAUUGACAAAGAACAAGAACCAGAAGAAAACAACUGAGAAAAUGGACAAGUCAGAUGAUCAUCAUAGUGAAACACUUGGAGAGCAAUCAGAAACUGAAGAAGAGAGAAGCCAUCCAACUACAGUUUCUGUUUGUAAUCAACCUGGAAGUGCUGAUGAGGGCGUUGGUUCAUCAGCAAGCUCCUUGCAUACGCCUCCGAAAAAGCAGCACAAAGAGCAUCGCAUGGCGAAGACAUCACUGCUGGCUCCGCCCACUUCUAUCGAAAUGAAAGCAGCUGUUCAAGCAUCGAAAACGCCCACACAGUUCAAUGUUCAUACAGCAUUAAAAAAUCAGAGACAAAUCAAGAAGCAUCACAGCCCGCAGGCACCGAACUCAACCGUAUUGACUGCUUUGCGUCGAGCAAUGUCAAGAGAAGCACAAAAUCGAAUUAGCGGAGUCUUUUCGCAAGACUAG